UCUACCACAAAAUGGUUUCCACCUCUCGCUGUUCGUACGAGACUGAAUAGCGGGUUUCUACACUACGUCGGUUCCCGGGUCUCGCGCCUGCGCUUUAGGCGGUCUAUGGUAGCCGCAGCGGGCCAGCUACUGUGUGUCGCCGGUAAACGUUUUGUCUGUUUGAACGGCAAUGAGCUACGAACAGCGCCGAGGAUGGGGACGGGGUCGAGGACGAGGUGGCCGUGGUCGGGACCGAGACCGAGAUGACUCAUUCCACCGUGACGGAGAAAGUAGCGGGGGUGGGAGAGAGAGACCACCUCCUCACCUGAGGGGCCGGGAGAUCGGCUUGUGGUAUGCCCGGAGACAGGGGCCUAAGAACAAGGAGAAGGAGAAAGAGAAGGAGAGGAUGGAUAGAGCUGUUGUGCACAUGGAUGAAUCCAGAGAACUACAGAUCACACGUCUUCUAAGCACUGUGCAGGCGCAAAAUAAUGAUGUGAAGCCAACUCUCUCUGAAGACUCAUGGUGGGCCACUGAAAAUGAAAGAAACAGUACCCCACCUCAACUUGGAGAGAAUGCAUUCACAGAAAAAGAUGCUUGGGAUGAUGAUGAUGAAGAUGAUGAUGUUACUGAUACUGAAUAUGCAUCUGUUAGUGAGUGCUAUAGGGGAAAUACAGCCUUGGAUCAACAACUUAAAGAAGAGCUGCAGAGGAAAAAAAACAAUUUCACAUAUGCUGAAAUGCAGCGGUUCCGUGAAAAGUUGCCUUCAUACGCUAUGAGAGAGGAGAUCGUUAAAGUAAUAAACGCCAAUCAGGUGACAGUCAUUAGUGGUGAGACUGGGUGUGGAAAAACUACCCAAGUGACACAGUUUAUUUUGGAUGACCAUAUCAUGAGAGGCAAAGGGUCUAUGUGCCACAUUGUCUGCACUCAACCAAGGAGAAUAAGUGCCAUAUCGGUAGCGGACCGUGUUGCUGCAGAACGAGGGGAACUGUGUGGGAGGGGAAAUAGCACUGGUUACCAAAUCCGUCUUGAAAGUCAGUUGCCUCGGAAGCAGGGUUCAAUCUUGUACUGUACGACUGGCAUAGUUCUGCAGUGGCUUCAGUCUGACCAACGCUUGGGCGAAGUCAGUCACGUUGUCCUAGAUGAAAUUCAUGAGAGAAACCUGCAUUCUGAUGUCCUCAUGGCAAUAGUGAAAGAUCUUCUAAUCUGCCGCCCAGAUUUGAAGGUCAUACUGAUGAGUGCCACUCUCAAUGCAGAGAAGUUUUCUCAGUACUAUGGUAACUGUCCAAUGCUGCAUAUUCCUGGAUUUACUUUCCCGGUCAAAGAGUAUCUCUUGGAGGAUGUAAUUGAAAUGCUAAGGUAUUCCCCUAAAGACAAAGAUCGUAAGCCACAGUGGAAGAAUAGGUUUAUGCAAGGACGUAUGGUUCAACCAGAGAAGGUGGAAAAGGAGAAGCUGUAUCAGGAACGCUGGCCAAGAUAUUUGCGGGAUCUUCAAGUAAAGUACUCUGAAAGUACUAUUCAUUCUUUGGAAUGUGCGGAUGACGAGAAGGUUGAUAUCGAUCUGAUUUCUGAGCUUAUCAGGCACAUAGUCUUGAAAGGGGAGGAUGGUGCAAUAUUGGUGUUCCUUCCAGGCUGGGACAAUAUCAGCACACUUCAUGAUUUGCUGAUGUCACAAAUCAUGUUUAAAUCAGACCGGUUUAUUAUUAUCCCUCUGCAUUCAUUAAUGCCAACUGUGAACCAAACACAGGUUUUCAAAACUCCACCUCGUGGGGUACGAAAGAUUGUUAUUGCCACCAACAUUGCAGAGACAAGCAUCACAAUAGACGACGUUGUGCAUGUAAUAGAUUGUGGCAAAAUAAAAGAAACAAACUACGACACUCAAAAUAACAUCAGCACUUUGACAGCAGAAUGGGUUAGCCAUGCUAAUGCAAAGCAGAGAAAAGGACGUGCUGGCAGAGUAAAGCCAGGUUGCUGCUAUCAUCUAUACAACAGCCUGAGGGAUAGUCUUCUAGAUGAUUAUCAGCUGCCAGAAAUUGCAAGAACACCUCUAGAGGAACUUUGCCUGCAGAUAAAGAUUGUAAAGCUUGGCGGCAUUGGCUUCUUCCUUAGAAAACUGUUGGACCCACCAUCGCAACAGGCAGUGAGCCUGGCUAUAAACCAUCUUAUGGAACUGAAUGCUCUCGAUAAACGUGAAGAAUUGACACCCCUGGGGUUUCACUUGGCGCGGUUACCAGUAGAACCACAUAUCGGAAAGAUGAUUCUCUUUGGGGCAUUGUUUGGUUGUUUGGAUCCUGUCUUAACAAUUGCAGCAAGCCUCAGCUUUAAAGACCCAUUUCUUAUUCCAUUGGGUAAGGAAAAAUUGGCAGAUGCAAGAAGAAAGGAACUGUCCAAAAAUACGAAGAGUGACCACUUGACUGUUCUGAAUGCUUUCAUGGGUUGGGAGGAAGCUAAGCGAUAUGGACCAAAAGCAGAGAAGGACUACUGCUGGGAUAACUUCCUGUCUUCUAAUUCACUCAAGAUGCUAAAUGACAUGAAAGGGCAGUUUGCGGACCACCUGGUUGGAGCAGGUUUUGUCAGCAGCAGUAAUCCAAAGCAUUCUAAAUCUAAUAUCAAUUCAGAUAAUGAAAAGCUCAUCAAGGCGGUUAUCUGUGCUGGAUUGUAUCCAAAAGUGGCUAAGAUUCGCCCUACCUUCAGUAAAAAAAGACAAAUGGUAAAAGUUUACACAAAAUCAGAUGGUAAGGUCUGCAUUCAUCCCAAAUCGGUCAACGUGGAAGAGACAGAGUUUCACUACUCCUGGCUGGUCUACCACCUGAAGAUGAAAACCAGUAGUAUUUACCUGUAUGACUGCACAGAGGUCUCUCCAUAUUCACUACUUUUCUUUGGAGGAGAUAUUUCCAUCCAGAAGGACCAAGGGCAGGACACUAUUGCUGUCGAUGAAUGGAUUGUUUUUCAGUCGCCUGGUCGGAUUGCACACCUGGUCAAGGAUUUGAAGACAGAGCUUGAUUCCCUUUUGCAAGAGAAGAUAGAAAAUCCUCGACCUGUAGACUGGAGUGAAACGGAAUCAAGAGACUGUGCUUUUCUUUCAGCCAUUAUUGAUCUAAUAACUACCCAAGAGAAUGGGGAGGCCAAGAAUUUUGCCCCUCGACUGCAGCCGAAGAAAUCGUGGUCUUGUGCAGCCAAUUUUCAGUACUAUCAAGCAAGCAACUAGUUUUGUUUUUGUUUUUUUUUGCUGUUGAACAGCAAUUACUUUAUCUGCCACUAGAGGGACCUUCAAGCUAUUGCACUGAUGUAGAAGAACUGUGAGAAAUGUAAUUUUGUACAUUGAUGUGCUGGUUCAUUAUUGGUCUGUAAAUGGCUUUCCAUGUUUUUAUACAUGGUUAUGAAAUGACAUUACUGUGCUCAACAGUAUAUGCGACUGUAAUUUAAACACCUGCAAAAAUAUAUUCAGAUGUUGAAUAAAAGCAGGAGAUAAAUUCCUGUCAGCCCCAAAAAGUGAAUGUUUUGUUUAAUGUCUGUACUGUAGUUGUAUUUUUUGUUAAAGAACUGUUCCGAUUUCUCACAUUUUGUUUAGCAAGUUUAUUAUAUCGUCAAUGGCUUAUUUAUGCUCAUAUCAAAUGGUAUUGCCUCAUAUGCUAUGCUCUGAGGGAGGCCAAUUCUGUGUGUACAGGAAGAACAGGACAAGACAUGUCAUAAAGGAGAAACGCCUUUUUUUCCAUAAAUUCCAAUCAUGUCUUGCUAUUGUCUUCUCUAAUAAAAAUUCACCUUUUCUAAUGUU